AUGGCAUUCAAUGUGACCUGGCAUGAGGACAAUGGCUACAACUGGUCUGACUGUGAAACCAGCCACUUAAGCAGAGUCCCUGUCACGCUGCUCAUCUGCCUCUGUGGGAUGGUGGGGAAUGGGGCUCUCCUCUGGCUCCUCGGCUCCCACAUCCGCAGGAACUCCGUCACCAUCUAUGUCCUCAACCUGGCUGUGGCUGAUUUCACCAUCCUCCUCUUCAUCACCAUAGCCCUGGGGACAUUUUAUGCCUCAGAGAGCCUCUGUCACCAGCUGGGCUCAGGAAAUGUGACAACAGCAUUGAACAUCACUAUCUUCUUUGCUUUCACUGCCAGUGUCUACCUCCUGACAGCUUUCAGUGCCAUGACAGCUCUGUCUGUCUUCCCUAUGUCCCACUGUCCUUGUCACCAUUCCCAGCUCUUCUCAGUGCUCCUGUGUGCCCUGCUCUGGCUCCUUUCCUUCCUGCUCACUGUUACUCUCUACUUCUACUCUUUGGCACUUAUCUUUGUCCUGAGCUACCUCUUAGCAGUGCUUACCCUGAUCUGUGCUGGUCUAACUCUGCUUGUCAGGGUCUUGUGCCACUCAUGGCAACAUCCUCCAAGGAAGCUCUGUGCUGUGGUCCUGCUGGCUGUCAUCUUCUUCCCCUUCUUCACUGCUGAUUUUGUUUACUGGGCCUUGCUAAGAACCUUUGACUUUUCUGUCUUUGUCUUCAACAUGUCUCUCCUGUUCACCUGUGUGAACAGCAGCAUUCACCCUCUUAUUUACUUCUUGGCUGGGAGCUGUGCUAAGAAAUUCACACUGUCUCUCAGUGUUGCCUUCCACAGAGUUUUUGAAGAUGUGGAAGAGCCCCAAAAUAGAGACAACACAGCGGAAUCAUCAUAA